AUGUCGACUCCAAUGGAUGUAGAUAAUAAGCAGAAUAAACGUGCUGGCGAAGCUUCAUUGUCUAAUGUAUUAUCCAGACAACGAGUUCACUUUGGCAGCAUUGAAGAAUCAGAGCGUCAAAAUAGAAGGAAGACAGCCGCAACCGCGGAGGACUUGAAUGGUGUUUCUUUAGAAGAUUUAGUUGACAAUUCGAUGAAUUAUGAAUUAUCCGAGUCUUCUAAAAAGGCACGCGAAGAACAUCAGGCAAUUUUAGACGAAUUUGAACGAAAGAAACGUGCUAGAACGCUCGCUGUACCAACCGAUGAUGGACGUGUUCGAUCAAAGCUUAGAGAGCUUGGAGAACCACAAUGUUUAUUCGGAGAAGGCCCCGGAGAUAGACGUGAUCGUUUAAGAUAUUUACUUUCAAAACUAGAAGGAACUGAAAUUGUACCUGAUGAAGAAGAAGAAACCGAAUCCGAGUCUGAGGAAGAGAAAGAAGAAGAGUUUUUCACCCAAGGAACUUUAAAAUUGCUAGAGGCUCGGCGAUGGAUGACCAGAUAUUCUUUACCAAAAGCAAGAGAUCGACUUCAACGGCAACGAUUAGAAUACGAUAUGCCAUUACCUCAAAUAAAAUCAUUACGAAAAGAUUUAUUUGCAGGAUUAAAGUCUUAUGCAAAUUUCAGUUCUCAAAUUGGAGAUGAUCGACCCAUUUCACAGUGCAGUUUUUCACCAGAUUGUAGUCUGAUUGCCACUGGUUCGUGGUCUGGAUUAUGUCGGAUAUGGAAUGUACCAAGUCACACGGACCGAGUUGGAGGAGUUGCUUGGCACCCGCAGUCAACUCUCUCCAUUGAUAGGAAUGUAGUAAAUUUGGCAUCAGGAGGAGCUGAUGAGUUGAUUAAUUUGUGGUCAUUGGAAAGUGAAAUACCAUUGGCAUCAUUACAAGGACAUACUGCCAGGGUAUCGAAGGUUGAUUUUCAUCCUUCGGGACGAUUUCUUGGAUCAGCCAGUUAUGAUGCUUCAUGGCGUCUCUGGGAUGUUGAAACUACAGAAGAGUUACUUUUACAAGAAGGACAUUCAAGAGAAGUCUAUGCUAUUAAAUUUCAAAUAGAUGGUGCCUUAGUUGCUACAGGUGGAUUAGAUGCGAUAGGAAGAGUAUGGGAUUUAAGAACAGGCAGGUCUGCUAUGGUUUUGGAGGGACAUGUCAAAGAUAUUUUAUCCGUGGAUUUUUCUCCAAAUGGCUAUCAAGUUGCUACUGGAAGUGCUGAUAAUACAAUUCGAAUUUGGGAUAUUCGUACUUUGCGAUGCGCCUAUAUUAUAGCUGCACAUAAAUCUCUCGUAUCAGAAGUAAAGUUUUUCAAUGGUUCAUUAUCAUUGGCAAGUGAAGAGUGGGCAAUUGGUAUAAAUCCCACUCUUUCUGGGUUAUAUUUAGUAAGUGGUGGAUAUGAUGGAUUUGUUAAAAUUUGGUCUGCAGACGAUUGGAAUUUGUUAAAAAGUUUAGCAGGUCAUGAUGGAAAAGUUAUGGCUGUAGACGUUUCUUCAG